AUGGAGUACGUGGGCAUCAUCAGUUCCCAGCUGGCGGACAGGUGCCCCCUCGGGCCCCCCAUCCUCAGACAGCUGCCUAAUGAGAGCAAAGCUGAGUUCCGGUCAGCCCUGCAGCACGAGAAGGAAGGCUACACCAUCUACAAGACGCAGCUGGGCGAGGACCACGAGAAGACCAAGGAGAGCUCCGAGUACCUCAAGUGCCUGACCCAGCAGGCCGUGGCCCUGCAGCGCACCAUGAACGAGAUCUAUCGCAACGGCUCCAGCGCCAACAUCCCGCCCCUCAAGUUCACAGCCCCCAGCAUGGCCAGCGUCUUGGAACAGCUGAACGUCAUCAACGGCAUCCUCUUCAUUCCUCUCAGCCAAAAAGACUUGGAGAAUCUGAAAGCGGAGGUGGCGCGGCGGCACCAGCUCCAGGAGGCCAGCGGGGACAGGGAUAAGGCUGAGGAGCCCAUGGCUACUGAGCCGGAGCCGGCAGGGGCCUCAGAGGAUGCGGCCUCCCAGCCCCCAGCUGCCAAGGACCCUCCUUCCCUGAGCUUGCAGGGGUAGGAAGGGAGACGCAGACGGACCGUCGGCCAGCUGCCCCGAUACCCAGCGAUCCAGACUCCAGGAGAAGGGGGAGUGCCCUGCACAUCAGGAGAGGCAGCAAGUCCUCUUCCUCCACGCUUCCAACCCCACCCUGCCCCCAGCAUCCUCCUGGGACCCUGGCCUGGCCUGCCUGACCCUCUGAAAGAUGUUCUUGCACUGGCUCGAAGAGUAUACAACGCAGAGGCCUAAUCGAAGACGUGUGAAUGGAGUACGUGGGCAUCAUCAGUUCCCAGCUGGCGGACAGGUGCCCCCUCGGGCCCCCCAUCCUCAGACAGGUGUGCGCGAGUGUGUCUGUGCCCGCGAGUGUCCUGAUCCGCCCUUCCUGACUUGUACAUAGCCCCGAGCCAGUUCUGAGUGGGUGGGGGACGUGCAGGUGAGAUUUCUCAGGUCGUUUGUAUGUUUGACAUUAUGGCUGCUGCUUUUGCUGCCACUACCCCCGGGCCCGAUCUGGCUGAAAGUCCAGGUUUGAAGCCGAAAGAGGGGAGCUUUCCUGUGUCCUGGGAUGGGGGGCCAGAGCUCUGUGUCAGGGCUGGACGGCUGGGGAGCACUUUCUGGCGGGGUGAGGGCUGCAGCAGCUUUACUAACCACAGCGGGCCGGGCCUGGCCCGGCUGUGCUCCGGCCGGGGGAAGGGUUGGGCGUCGGUGGUUCCCCAGACACCCCCGUGCCCAGCCCCAGCUUCUCGGCCCUCGGGCCCCAGCAGGAGGUGCUGCCUUCCCACCCUCCACACCCCAGCUGGGGCUAACCUUGGGGUAUAGUCUGAAUGUAUCCUUCUCCCCGUUGAACAACCUCAGCUGCCUAACGCACAGGGGGGUGGGGGGGGGGACCCGGACUGAAUCAUGGAUCCCGGGGGAGACGUCACAGAUACAGGAGUGACUGUCCCUUGUUUGUGGAGCUUAGCUCCCUACCUGGUCCUAGGACACACAGGCACCUUCUACAGAGAGGAGCUCUGGGAGUGGAAGGGAGGGGGCUGCGGAAGGUGGUGGGCCCACAGGCCCGGCUGCCCAUGCGCUCCUCUGGGCCUGCUGUCAGAGCCCUGGCAGGUGGGCGGAGACGGCCACCCUUGGGAGCUGGAGGGCGCGGUCCUGCGGCUGGGGCUUCCGCCUGGUGGCUCUGCGCGGAGCCGCGGCCGGGUGUGGCCUGUCCCAACGCCUGGUUUCAAAGGGAGUGGGUGCGAGCUAGCAAGCGAGGCAUCCCCACAGCUGAUCAAGAACUUUUUCUUGUUUUUAAACCAUCAGUCUUCAUUUCACAUUGGAAUAAAGUGAGUUUUUGAAACCUGCUGUCCCGGCCUCUCCUGUGUGUUCUGUACCAGUCUUGUCUGGUUGUGAGAGCUGUUGCCAGAAGUGGUACUAGUGAAAGGGUUUAAAGCACAUGAAUGUGUAAAAUCAGGUCACACUCAAAGCUAUCCUUAUAAUGUCAUUUAAGUGGGAGGAGGGGGGUAGAGCCGCAGGCACCCACCUAGGGUUUACCAGUCUGCCCAUCAGUAGACCCAUGGGAGUGGCAUACAGAUGAACGUCACCUGUUGCUGGCCAC